AUGGACCGAUUACCGACCAAUUCGCAGCGCGUGGUGAAACCAGGGGCCAAGAAAAGACGACCCCCAUUGGCCUGUGUUCAGUGCUAUCAGCGGAAGCUCAAGUGCGGCAGAGAGCUCCCAGCUUGUAGUCGUUGUUCAAGGGCCGGAAAUGCCGACGAAUGCAUCUACCGUGGAGACAAAGGGCGACAUACGUCGGCUCACGGGCUAUCCAACAAUGGCCCCUCGGGAGCAUCAUUCGCUUUGGAGCGUUCGUCAACAGAGACUCUUGACAAACAUGGGGCCUCUACUAGCCACGAAGUCGACAUGACACACUUGGAAGGGCAGGGGGACUCUACCAAAUUCUACGGGAAUAGUUAUCCCCUAAACCUCUACCAACAGUUCGCCGAUCUUCGGCCAUACAUCAUCAAGGUCAAGGCCCAAUAUCCGUCCAUCAACACUCUUCGCGAUGAUAUUUAUGCUCCCUUCAACGACAAACAUCGGCGUCGCCAGCUUUUACCAGACGAUGCGCUGGAGAAUACUUUGAGAGAGCUAAUACCAACAAAGUCAAUCAUGGAUGUACUGGUUCAAACUUACAUUGACCGAUAUGAGAUAACCCAUCGGAUCUUACACAUACCGACUUUUAUCACCAAGUAUAACAGUCACUGGACUGAUCAGUCUAGCGCUCCGGCCUCUUUUCUUGUACAGAUGCUUUUAGUCGCCGCUACUGCUAUAAGCUGUCAUCCCGAAGUAUGUAUCGACGUAUUCAGCCACAAGACAAAUCAUGAUCACGUUAUCAAAUGGGUUGAGGCAGCGGAAGCAUGGGUCAGUUCUCACUCCAACCAACCUCCUCGUUCUUUGGAUACCCUGGCGACCCAUUGUCUUUUACUCAUUGCGAAGCGUGCAAACUUCCUCAAGGAGGGUUCCUUCUGGACUUCUACCGGGGCCUUGGUACGAUGGGCCAUGGCAGCGGGUUACCACCGCGAAGUCAUCUCCGCAGCAAGAAUGUCGCCAUUUGAUCGAGAGAUGCGCCGACGAUUGUGGGUCACGAUUGUCGAAUUGGAUCUCCAGGCAUCGAUAGAACGCGGAAUGCCUCCUAGUGUCCGAAUAGGAGAUUUCAAUAUCAGGCCACCCCUCAAUGUCGAUGACGAAAGGCUUAAAGAGUCUAUGCAAGGCCCUUUAGCGAGCAAGCCGAUUACUGAACUGACGAACACUUCUUUCCAAGCACUUCUCUAUGGCUCAUUACCUACCAGGAUAAAGAUAUGCACCUUCAUCAAUGCAAGUUGCGAAGAGGUCAAUUUUGACAAGGUCUUAGAACUGGAGGAAGAGCUAGGGCAGGCACUCGGAGACAUUCCGGCAUUUGACAGUCCCCAAGCUGAUCCGCGACAGCAUCAGACCGCGACAUAUAUAAAGAGCAUGCUCGGUAUCGUCCUGCACCAGCCCAUCCUUUUACUGUAUUUCCACUUCGUGGUACACAGCCCAUCCUCAUCUAAAGCUGUCAUCUGUCGACGCGCAAGAUUAGAGGCGUCGAUGAAAAUUCUUGACUACUACCAACGACUUUUGAACAACGAGGCAUUGCCAGAACAGGCAUGCAGGACGGGACUAGUACUUGCAGCGUUGAGCAUCUGCCAUGAAAUCUACCUGAACUUUGGAUUAAGAGUACGUGAAGCUUGCAAUCGAAGCACUAUAACAAUAUUCCCUCAAGUUUCAGCACUACUUGUCGAAAAUGUUGAGAAGGUGUUGGAUAUUCUUGAAAGGCGGAUUUCUCUCACAUUGAACGGCCUAAACGAAUAUUAUAUCCUCAGUAUGACAAUUGGAUUAAUUAAAUCCAAGUUAUGCCCAGACUCAUCCGCAAAAUCGGACAAAGAGGCUGGAGAGCGAGUGAUUAAACUCUGCACACUUCUGCAGACACGGGAAGCAGCUAUUCGACACGAACAAGCAUUCUCUGAAGCUUGUGACGAUAGUGGGUCACAUGCGAAUCAGCUAUCAAUUGAUGCAAGCUAUAUGGAGUCUGAUAUUAUGACCGAUCUUAUAAGCUCGAUGGUAUGCAGCUUCCACAGGACUUGGAGUUUAUUAACAAUAAUCUUGAUCUUACCUUCUUUCAUGCAUAGCUCAAUUAGUUAUAUACUUACGAUUCUCAACCACUCUGCCAAAGUGAAAAACGAACUUCCGAAAUGGUUCAUUAAUCUCAGCUGUCAAAAGAAGAAAGGCUAG